UCGGGCUGCGGGCGCCGGGCGCGGCUGCGUCGGUCGCCGACUGCUCCCGCUCCUGCUGGGAGAGGCUCUGCCUCCUCUGACUCCUGUCCCUCCCUAAGGAAGAACCCCACAGGAAGAAAGGAGAAGGCAAUGGCUGCUGGGCCUGUGCCAUUGGGAGCUCAGGAGUCAGUGACCUUAAAGGAUGUGUCUCAAGAUUUCUCUUGGGAAGAGUGGAUUCAACCAGAUUGUGCUCAGAGAAUGACAGUGUAUGAGAACGUCAUGUUGGAGAAGUACAAGAACCUGGUUUCACUGGCAGGAAAUUACCUUUCCAAAUCCAAUGUGACUUCCCAGCCGGACCGAGAAGAACUGAGCCUGAUGAAAAAAGAACUGCCUGAGGGUGGCUUUCAAGAUUUUCUUGGAUAUUGCUACCAGAUUAACCUGCCCAUUCGUCCUCUCGUCAUCCUGUCCAAGCCAAGAGGAGAAAGUAUUGACUGAGCGCGUGCUGGGCUCUUCCCCAGCCAGCAUCUCACUUACUUGACACACACAUCCAUGGACUGGGAGACAAGAUUUGAAACCAAAGAGCCAACUCCAAAGCCCAACAUUACUGAAGAUUUAUGCCAUGGGGUAAUAAUGGAAAGGGAAGCUAUCUGGCAUUCUACUGUAGGGGAAACCUGGGAACCUAAUAAUUGGUUAGAGGGACAACAGGAUAGUCAUCUGAGCCAAGUGGCAGUUACCCAUGAGGAAACCUUCACUGAGAAGAGAAUAUGUGGAGGUAAUGAAUUUGAAAGAUGUUCCAGUCAGGGUUCAAUCCUUGAUACACAACAAAGCAUUCCUAUGGUUAAAAGGCCCCAUGAUUGUAAUUCACAUGGAGAAGAUGUCAAACAAAAUUCGGAGUUAAUUAAAACUCAAAGAAUGUUUGUAGGAAAGAAAAUCUAUGAAUGUAAUGAGUGCAGCAAAACCUUCAGCCAGAGCUCAUCCCUUCUUAAGCACCAGAGGAUUCAUACUGGGGAGAAACCCUAUAAGUGUAAUGUAUGUGGGAAACACUUCAUUGAUCGCUCCUCCCUUACUGUUCAUCAAAGAAUUCAUACUGGAGAGAAACCCUAUAAAUGUAAUGAAUGUGGAAAAGCCUUUAGUCAGAGCAUGAAUCUUACUGUCCAUCAGCGAACUCACACUGGAGAGAAACCCUAUCAGUGUAGAGAGUGUGGCAAAGCCUUCCGUAAGAAUUCAUCUCUUAUUCAACAUGAACGGAUUCAUACUGGAGAGAAACCCUACAAAUGUAAUGAGUGUGGGAAAGCUUUUACUCAAAGCAUGAAUUUGACAGUCCAUCAGAGAACUCAUACAGGAGAAAAACCCUAUGAAUGUAAUGAAUGUGGAAAAGCCUUCAGUCAAAGCAUGCAUCUUAUUGUACAUCAGAGAAGCCAUACUGGAGAGAAACCCUAUGAGUGUAGUCAAUGUGGAAAAGCCUUUAGUAAGAGCUCGACUCUUACCCUACACCAGCGAAACCACACUGGAGAAAAACCCUACAAAUGUAACAAAUGCGGGAAAUCCUUUAGCCAAAGUACGUACCUUAUAGAACAUCAGAGACUUCAUUCUGGAGUAAAACCUUUUGAGUGUAAUCAGUGCGGAAAAGCUUUCAGUAAGAAUUCAUCUCUUACUCAACAUCGGAGAAUUCACACUGGAGAGAAACCUUAUGAGUGUAUGGUAUGUGGAAAACAUUUCACUGGACGAUCAUCCCUUACCGUGCAUCAGGUUAUUCACACUGGAGAGAAACCUUAUGAGUGUAAUGAAUGUGGAAAGGCUUUCAGCCAGAGUGCUUACCUUAUUGAACAUCAAAGAAUUCAUACUGGUGAGAAACCCUAUGAAUGUGAUCAGUGUGGAAAAGCCUUCAUUAAGAAUUCAUCCCUUACAGUGCAUCAGAGAACUCAUACAGGAGAGAAACCCUAUCAGUGUAAUGAAUGUGGAAAAGCCUUCAGCCGGAGUACAAACCUUACACGACAUCAAAGAACUCAUACAUGAGGAAUGUUUUCACUGGCCUCUACAUCAUGAUGAACUCUUCAGUAAUAAGCAUGUAAGACAUACAAUGUAGAAACCUAAUAAAUGUAAUGACUGUGGGAAUCUUUCAGUUGAAAUAUAACAUACCAUAUCAGAUAAUACAGAGCACUGCAGAGAAAUCAUCUAAAAGUAGAGAAGUCUUGAUUUAGAAAGUAUAACUUACUUUAACAUCAGAAGUUUUACGUAGCUAAUAUAAGCAGUAAAGACUCAUGCUGAAGAUAGGUUGCUAUAUCAUAGUGCAGAUUCUCCUUUGGUGAUCAAAGACUUCAUACUGGAAAGAAAAAUCUGAGUGUUUAACUGGACAGCCCAGAGACCUGGGAUGUAGUCCUAAUCUGCCACUGCCUUGGACAAAUCACCUCCUUCCACCAGGUGAUGGUUCUCUAUUUGGUAUGUGAAUGAUGUUGGAGAUAGAAGUCUUGUAGGAUCUCUGUUAGCUCUAAAAUGCUACAAACCUAUAAAUAUAAUGAAUGCUGGGAAA